ACACACACACUUCUACGCGAGCCCCGCAAUGGUUCCGGCCCCACCCGGGCCCGACCGCGGCUCCUUAUGUCGCAGGUCUGCAGGCACCCCAAAAUCUCAUCGCUGCCGCCGUCCCCAUCUCCCCCCGAAGCCGGGGAGCCCCCCCAGACAAAGCGGGGACCCCCUCCCCCCUUAGGGGGUGGGGAGCCCCCACCCCACCCCCCAAAAUGGCCGAUCCAAUCAUGGACCUUUUCGACGACCCCAAUCUUUUCGGGCUUGACCCCCUGACUGACGAACCCCAGGACCCUAUAGAAGAAGCAUUGGGUUUAGCGGGGGGGCUGGACCCCCCCCCACCUGAAGCCCCGCCUCCUCCCCAAGCCCCCCCCAGCGACCCCCCAGCUCCGCCCCCACCGCCCCCCCAGGAACAGGAGGUGCUGAGCCAAGGGAACCCCUUCAUGGGGGUCUCCGCCCCACCCCAAGCCGGGGGGGCCCCAAAAAUCGUCAUCCUCAAAGCUCCCCCCGCAGCGGGAGGACCCCCCUUAGCCCCCAUCGCCGCCCCCCCCCAAAACCCUGCCACCCCACCGGGGGGGGCCAACGGGGGCAAAGUGACGUUCGCCAAAGUUUUAACGGCCCCCCCUUUACGUCCCGGCGUCUCCAUCGUCCCCACGGCUCCGGGAUCGGGGGGGGGGACACCCGGUGGGACCCCCACCCCGGGUACGGUGCAGCGGUUGGUGACACCGGGACGGCCCGUUAAGCAAUUAGUGCUGCAGCCCGUUAAGGCGGGGGGGGCCGGGACCCCCCUCAAACCCGCCGUCACCCUCACCUCGGCCCCUGCACAGGGCGAAUCGAAGCGCAUCACCCUGGUCCUCCAGCAGCCCCCCGGCGGGGGUCCGGCCCCCCCAGGCCAACGCCACGUGGUGCUGGGCAGCCUCCCCGGCAAAAUCGUCCUGCAAGGCAACCAGCUGGCGGCCCUCGGCCAAACCAAAGGGGCUCCGGGACAACCCGCCAAGGUGGUCACCAUCCAACUCCAGGUCCAGCAGCCCCCCGGCGCCGCGGGCCAACCCGGAGCCCCCCAAAAAAUCCAGCUCCUCCAGCAGCCCCCCGGCCCUGGGGGGCAGGCGGCUCCGGUGGCCGUGUCCUCCGUGCCGCAGGUGGUGGGCGGCGCGGGGCAGAGGUUGACGGUGCCGUUGAAGGUGGUGCUGCAGCCACAGGCCGGCUCUUCUCAGGGCAGCUCUCCGGGUUUAUCCGUGGUGAAAGUCCUCAGCAGCAGCGAGGUGGCCGCUCUGAGCGGGCCGGGUUCGCGGGGCGCUUCGGAGGAGAGCCGUAAGCUGGAGCACCAAAAGAAACAGGAGAAAGCCAACCGUAUCGUGGCCGAAGCCAUCGCCCGUGCCCGGGCUCGGGGUGAGCAGAACAUCCCCCGCGUGCUCAACGAGGACGAGCUGCCCAGCGUGAGGCCCGACGACGAGGGCGAGCGCAAACGGCGUCGCAAAGGGACCGGCGAGCGCGGCGGGCCCAAGGAGGAGAGGCCACGCAAGGGAAAGGGGCAAGGGGGGUCUGGCAAGAGCAAGGGGCGCAGCAAACCCAGCACCAUCACCCCCGUGGUGGGGAAGAAGCGGAAGCGCAACGCCUCCUCCGACAACUCCGACGCCGAGGUGAUGCCGGCACAAUCGCCGCGGGAUGACGAAGAGACCAGCGUGCAGAAGCGACGGUCGAACCGCCAAGUCAAACGCAAGAAGUACACCGAGGAUUUGGACAUCAAGAUCACUGACGAUGAGGAAGAUGAAGAGCUGGACGUUACGGGGCCCGUACGCUCCGAGCAGCCCCCAGCCCCACAACCCCCCGCCCCAGAACCGGAGCCGGAAGGGGAAACGUUACCCUCCAUGCAAUUUUUUGUGGAGAACCCCAGCGAGGAGGACGCGGCCAUCGUGGACAAAGUCCUGUCCAUGAGGGUGGUCAAAAAGGAGCUCCCAUCGGGGCAGUUCACGGAGUCGGAGGAGUUCUUCGUCAAAUAUAAGAAUUACUCCUAUCUGCACUGCGAGUGGGCCACCAUCGACCAGCUGGAGAAGGACAAAAGGAUCCACCAGAAGCUGAAGCGCUUCAAGACCAAAAUGACGCAGAUGCGCCACUUCUUCCACGAGGACGAGGAGCCCUUCAACCCCGACUACGUGGAGGUGGAUCGCAUCUUGGAUGAGUCGCACAGCGUCGAUAAGGACAACGGGGAGCCCGUGGUUUAUUACCUGGUCAAGUGGUGCUCCCUCCCUUACGAGGACAGCACGUGGGAGCUGAAGGAGGACGUGGACGAGGGGAAGAUCGGCGAGUUCAAACGCAUCCAAGCUCGCCACCCCGAGCUCAAACGCUUGCCCCGACCCCAAGCCGGCUCUUGGAAGAAGCUGGAGCUAUCCCACGAGUACAAAAACCACAACCAGCUCCGCGAGUACCAACUGGAAGGGGUCAACUGGUUGCUGUUCAACUGGUACAACAGGCAAAACUGCAUCCUGGCCGACGAGAUGGGUUUGGGGAAAACCAUCCAGUCCAUCGCCUUCCUGCAGGAGGUAUCCAACGUGGGCAUCCGGGGGCCUUUCCUCGUCAUCGCCCCCCUCUCCACCAUCACCAACUGGGAAAGGGAAUUCAACACGUGGACCGAGAUGAACAGCAUCGUUUAUCACGGCAGCCUGGCUUCCAGGCAGAUGAUCCAGCAGUAUGAGAUGUACUGCAAGGAUUCCAGGGGUCGUCUGAUCCCCGGCGCUUACAAAUUCGACGCUCUGAUCACCACCUUUGAGAUGAUCCUUUCCGACUGCCCGGAGCUGCGCGAGAUCGAAUGGCGCUGCGUUAUCAUCGACGAGGCGCACCGCCUCAAGAACCGCAACUGCAAACUGCUGGACAGCCUCAAGCACAUGGACCUGGAGCACAAGGUCCUGCUGACCGGCACCCCCCUUCAGAACACGGUGGAGGAACUCUUCUCCCUCCUCCACUUCUUGGAGCCGUCUCAAUUCCCUUCCGAAGCCGAAUUCCUCAAAGACUUCGGCGACCUCAAAACGGAAGAGCAGGUCCAAAAGCUCCAAGCCAUCCUCAAACCCAUGAUGCUCCGCCGCCUGAAAGAAGACGUGGAGAAAAACCUGGCCCCGAAACAGGAAACCAUCAUCGAAGUGGAACUCACCAACGUCCAAAAGAAAUACUACAGGGCCAUCUUAGAGAAGAACUUCUCCUUCUUAUCCAAAGGGGUCGGCCACACCAACAUGCCCAACCUCCUCAACACCAUGAUGGAGCUGCGCAAGUGCUGCAAUCACCCCUACCUCAUCAACGGUGCCGAGGAGAAGAUCCUGGCGGAGUUCAGGGAUUCCUGCCACCACCACGUCCCCCACGACUUCCACCUGCAGGCCAUGGUGCGCUCGGCCGGGAAGUUGGUGCUCCUCGACAAGCUGCUGCCCAAACUCAAGGCUGGAGGCCACAAGGUGCUCGUCUUCUCCCAGAUGGUGCGCUGCCUCGACAUCCUGGAGGAUUACCUCAUCCAGAAGAGGUACCUGUACGAGCGCAUCGACGGGCGCGUGCGGGGCAACCUCCGGCAGGCCGCCAUCGACCGCUUCAGCAAACCCGACUCGGAUCGCUUCGUCUUCCUGCUGUGCACGCGGGCGGGAGGGCUGGGCAUCAACCUGACGGCCGCCGACACCUGCAUCAUCUUCGACUCCGACUGGAACCCCCAAAACGACCUCCAGGCCCAGGCUCGCUGCCACCGCAUCGGGCAGAGCAAAGCGGUGAAGGUUUACCGCCUGAUCACGCGCAACUCAUACGAGAGGGAGAUGUUCGACAAAGCCAGCCUGAAGCUGGGCCUGGACAAAGCCGUGCUGCAGUCCAUGAGCGGAAGGGAGGGGAACAUCGCCGGGAUCCAACAGUUCUCCAAGAAGGAGAUCGAAGACCUCCUGCGGAAGGGCGCCUACGCCGCCAUCAUGGAGGAGGACGACGAAGGCUCCAAGUUCUGCGAGGAGGACAUCGAUCAGAUCCUUCUGCGCCGCACCACCACCAUCACCAUCGAGAGUGAGGGGAAGGGCUCCACCUUUGCCAAGGCCAGUUUUGUCGCCUCGGAGAACCGCACCGACAUCGCUUUGGAUGACCCCAACUUCUGGCAGAAGUGGGCCAAAAAAGCCGAUUUGGACCUGGAUCUCCUCAACAGCAAGAACAACCUGGUGAUCGACACGCCGCGCGUGCGCAAGCAGACCCGGCACUUCAGCACGCUGCGGGACGACGACCUGGUGGAGUUCUCCGACCUGGACAGCGAGGAUGAGGAGAAGCCCAGGGCACGAAGGCACGACAGGCAGCAGCAGCACCAACAGCAGCAGCAGCAGCAGCAGCAACAGCAGCACCAACAGCAGCAGCAGCAGCAGCAGCACGCCUUGCACGCCUACGGCCGCACCGACUGCUUCCGCGUGGAGAAGCAUCUGCUGGUCUAUGGGUGGGGUCGAUGGAGGGAGAUCCUCACCCACGGACGUUUCAAACGCCGCCUUUCGGAACGGGACGUGGAAACCAUUUGUAGGGCCAUUUUGGUCUACUGCCUCCUCCACUACCGGGGCGACGAAAGCAUCAAAGCCUUCAUUUGGGAUCUCAUUAGCCCUAACGAGAACGGCAAGGCCAAGGAGCUCCAAAACCACUCGGGGCUGUCCAUCCCGGUCCCUCGGGGUAGGAAAGGGAAGAAGGUGAAAUCCCAAAACGCUUUCGACGUCCAUAAAGCGGAGUGGAUCCGGAGGUAUAACCCCGAAGCGUUGUUUCAGGACGAGAGCUACAAGAAGCACCUCAAGCAUCAGUGCAACAAGGUGCUGCUCCGGGUGCGGAUGCUGUACUACCUUCGGCAGGAGGUGAUUGGGGACCAGGCUGAGAAGGUGCUGGCGGGGGCCAUGGCCAGCGAGGUGGACAUCUGGUUCCCAUUGGUGGAACAGCUCGAGGUCCCCACGGCGUGGUGGGACUCCGAGGCCGACAAAUCCCUCCUCAUCGGGGUCUUCAAGCACGGGUACGAGAGGUACAACACCAUGCGGGCCGACCCCACACUCUGCUUCCUGGAGAAGGCCGGCGGCCCCGAUGAGAGCGCCAUCGCUGCCGAGCAGCGCCUCGACGGCAGCGACGGCGUGGAUUUCGACAAGGACUGCGAAGACCCCGAAUACAAACCCCUCCAGGGGGGGGCGGCGAAGGAGGGGGACGAGGAGAGCGACCCACUGAUGCUGCUGGACGAGGAGAUCUCGGUGGUGGACGGGGACGAAGGUCCUCCGGGCCAGUUGGUGACGUGGCCGUCCGGUUCGGUUCUGACGGCCCGGCUGCGCCGUUUGGUGGCGGCGUGUCAGCGCUCGUGUCACCGGCAGCGCCUGCGGGUCGAGGCGGCCGCCAGGGGGGAGAGGAGGAGGAGGCGAUGCGAGGCGGCGUGUAAGCUGAAGGAGAUGGCCAGGAGGCAGAAACAGCAGAGGUGGACCCGUCGCGAGCAGUCGGAUUUCUACCGCGUGGUAUCCACAUACGGGGUGGAAUACGACCCGGAAACGAGGCGGUACCGUUGGGGUCGGUUCCGAACGUUGGGUCGGUUGGAAAGGAAAAGCGAUGAGAGUUUGGCCAAGUUCUACCACGGCUUCGUGGCCAUGUGCCGCCAGGUGUGCCGCCUGCCGCCCGCGCCCGGAGACGAACCUCCGGACCCCUCAGUCCCGGUCACCCCCAUCUCAUCGGACCGCGCCGCCCGCAGCCUCCGCCGCCUUUCCCUCUUACGCCGCCUCCGCGAGCAAGUCCUCCGCCAUCCCCUUCUUCCCGCCCGCCUGGCCCUGUGUCCCCAAGCGGGCCCGGAUCUCCCCGCUUGGUGGCAGAGAGGCCGCCAUGAUGGCGAACUCCUUCAAGGUGUCGCCCGCCACGGUUUGGCCCGGCCCGAAAUGUCUGUGAUCGGAGAUCCCGAUUUUACCUUCGUGACGGCUCGCUGUCGGUACCUCCGCGCUCAGACGGCGCCGUCGGGAGUUGGGGGGACUGAAGGAGGAGGGGGUUUUGGGGGUGUCGUUGGGGGGGCGGCGCAGAGGCGCCGGGCGGACGAUGAGGACUCGGAGGCCGAGGCGGGAAAGGCGACGGACGGAGGGAGCGAAACGACGUCGGGGGAGGAGGAGAGCGACGAGGAGAGGGGUGAGCGCCGUGAGGGGGGGGUUGGGAAGGGGUUUGGGGGGGGGUUGGUGGAUGAGCGCCGGGAGCCGCACAAAUGGCACCGCAAAAAGGAUGAGCUUUUGUGUCUCUCACGCCUCUUUUUGGGUCAAAAAGAGCUGAAAUUGGGCCCGCGCGCACCGCGCAUGCGCAGGCCGCCUCCUCGCCCCGCCCCCCGGCGACGCAGACCGGAAAUCCCGCCCUUUCCCUUCCGCUUCCCGCCGUCCCCCGGAAGCGGAAGUGCCGUUGGGACUCGCGCGCCGGCGGAAGCGCUUCCGGGGUCGCCGUGA